AUGUUCUUCAAACGCUUGCAUUCCAAAGCGAACAGUGCCAAACACCAACCACUCCAAGACGACGAAGAAGCCUCUUCCUCCCCCUCUUCAUCAUCGUUAUCCAAUCCAUCUCGCCAACAAGUUUCCAACAAUGAAAAUCAUUUAUACAAGGACCAAUCCGAAGAGUUUUCAGAUGAAUUGUUAACAGUAUCUUCUCCUUCAUCAUUAUCCAAUCGAAUGCAAUCCGCUCUCAAAGUACGUUCUUCUUCGGAAGAUGGUAGCAAUGGUAAUGGAACUACAAAAGAAAAACGAAAGGCAGUUUCGUUUCGAGAUUUGAAAACAUCUCAUAGAUCUGUCCAUGGUGAAGAAGAGGAAUCGUCAUCGAAUGGUAUGAACAGUUCUCGAACGGAAAUGAUGAAAAGUAUCGAUGACCAAGAACAGGUCAUUAUUGUUCAUGAUGACCAUACUCAUGAUGACUUUGACACUUCUCCAAAUACGGUAAAUUCACUUCAAAGUGAAUAUUACAUGACACACAGUGGAAAUCAACGUUCCGCUCGUGAUCGUCACUCCAUCGAUGAAAUUGCCAUGCAACCAAAAAUCAUCAUGUCUCGUCAAAGUAUUCGUUUUUUGAAAAGUGUCAUUCCCAAAAAACGAGAAGAACGAACUUGGAGACAUAAAUUAUAUCUCGUGAUGAAUCAACCUCAAUCGUCACGAUUAGCAACGAUUGUAACCAUAUUUGUGAGCAUUGUAGUGCUCAUGUCAGUCAUUGUAUUGAUUUUGGAAUCGUAUGCCACGUUGUAUCAAUAUGAAUUGAUGUGGUGGAUUGUUGAAGGAAUUUUAGCCUUCUUCUUCUCUAUUGAAUACAUUUUAAGAAUGAUUGGAACCAUUUACACAUGGCGAGAUUUUCGAGACUUCUUUUUACGAAUCAUGAACAUUGUGGACUUGUUGAGUUUCAUGCCCUUCUAUGUGGAAGUUGUGUUGUAUUAUAUUUUCAAAUUUACACUUGGAGAAAGUCAUUCCAUUACUCUCAUGGUCAUGAAUUUACAAAUUCUUGGCGUGUUCCGAGUAUUGAGAUUGUUAAAAUUAUUCACACUUUCGAAACAUUCCAUUAAGGUGAAAUUAUUAUUGACAGCCAUGAGAAAGUCUCUCGAUUUACUCUUUUCUGUCAUUUUCUUCAUUUUGAGUGCUGUAUUUAUAUCAGGAACAAUGAUUUAUUAUUGUGAACGAGGAGUGUAUGAUCACACACGGAAAGAAUUUGUUCACAUUUCUUCAGAUGGUAAAACGACAGAAAUUUCACCAUUUUCCAAUGUCUUGAUUGGAAUGUGGUAUUCCAUUGUGACCAUUACAACAACUGGAUAUGGAGAUUAUGUACCAAAGAGUACAUUGGGACAAUUCGUUGCAGGUUGUACCAUUGUGUCGGGUUUGUUAUUUGUGGCAUUGCCAUCUUUGAUUAUUGGUCGAACGUAUAGUGAAGUGUUGCAUCAAUAUGAAUUGCAAAAAGCUCAAAUUGAUUCUCAAAUGGAGUAUACGAUGGAGGAUGGGUCAAGUAUGAAUGAUCUCUCAUCUUCAUUAUUCGAUCAACAAGAGACUCAUGAAUUCGAUCAUGAGGAGACUUGGGCAAGUGUGAUUGGUUCUGGUAUUGAUGAAUAUGCCAAUGAUCAUAAGGGUACGCAGGGCGAUGCGAGAACAUCUCUCGAUAGUGUACGAUCCGUGUCGUCGUCAUCAGCAUCAACAACGUCGAGAGAGGCAGCAGUGAAACGUUCAACCUUGGUCGACUUGUCCUCUGCAGAAUUGACCAAUGAGGAGUAUUCGCAGUUGGAUCAAGCUUCCGUUUUCAAAUUGUUGGACGAGCAAGAUAAAUUGUUGCAAGAAACUGUGAGACGUAUUGAAAAAACAAGGCGUUUGAUUGCAUUGGCGAAACGAAAAGCUUCCAUUGUGGAUGACUGA